GACAGCGAGGGUUUGAAGGAUUGACAAGGUUAAAAAUUAUGUCCACUGUCCAAUUAGUCCUGCAGGGUCCGGCCUCGGCAAUCUCACCCAAGACGAACCAUCGGUUCAUCACAUCUCGAAGUCACUCGUUGGGAUAGAUGUUGCUGGCCAAACAUCUGUGUAGCAAUGGAGCCCCGAUAACAAUAUCUGCGUUGCGCGAAAACUAGCCUCCCCUCAACGACCGAAUUAUACCAUGAAAACCCGACAUAUCCUGCCCUGACCACGAGCAUAUCCCUUCAACCCCGAACACAUCACGCGAUCCUCCUCUCGCCUCCAACGAUGGCACCGCGUCUACCAGCACCGGCGCGCCGCCUCCUAGCAAAGCGUACUAAUCUACGUUCACUCCCGUCGCUCUCACAACCGCCACUCCCACCACCGCCGCCCCUCCUUCAAGCUCACAACCCACAAUCCCAACCAACCAUCACCACAACCACCACCACCCGCCCGCUCUCAACAACACCCUCCCGACCCUGGCUACUCUCAGCACUCCCCAACCUCGCAGCCAGCGCCAACGGCGGCCCCUCCCCCCCAAAGACCCUACACGCGCGGCGGCUGCUGCCCUACCCAGCGGCGCAAGUCUACACGCUCAUCGCCGACAUCGACUCGUACACACACUUCCUCCCACACUGCCCACACUCGCGCGUGACGAAGUGGGUGACCACGCCCACCACCACUGCCCCCAUUACCGCGAACACCAGCACCGGCACCAGCAACACAUCCCAACACAACCCAGGAGCGGGAGCGGCAGCGGUAGCGGCAGCGGGAUCAGCAGCGAGCACACCAACGCGCCACCCAGCCCUCGCCGACCUCACAGUGGGCUGGGGCCCCUUCACGCAAACCUACACCUCACGCGUGUACUGCGUCCCCGGGUCGGUAGUCGAGGCAGUGAGCGGCAGCGCGGCGACCAGCAUCCCGGCCGACGUGCUCCGGUCGGUGGGAUACUCCCCCUCCCCUUCUGAGGAGGGGGGCAAGAUGGAGGGGAUUUUUGAGAGUCUCGUUACGCGGUGGACGGUGAAGCCCCUCGCGCGAUCGGAGGGGGAGUGGGCGGAGGUGGUGCUGAGCGUGACGUUUCAGUUUUCGAAUCCCGCGCUGGGGUUUGCGGCGGGGCAGUUGGCGGAUGAGAAGGUGGACGAGAUGGUGGAGGCGUUUGAGGGGCGGGCGAGGCAGUUGUAUGGAGGGAGGUGACGGCGCAGUGGUUGUGAUGCUGGCAUGUGCUUUCCUUGGGGGGUGGUGUUCAGGGCUGGCCAGUCCUGGUGGAGAGUCAAGCAGGCGUACGAUUUCAGGAGGC